GGUAAAGGGGUGGGCUCUACUUCCCGGCGGGGUCCUGCGGAGUUGGCGGAGGCUCCUCCAGGGACUGGGGCACCGAUCUGCGUAGAAACGGGUGGCGGGGAAGAGAGGGGAGGAGAGCUCUGAGUGGGAAGCGGAGCCGGGGGCCCGGGACCCGUCGCGUCAGAGCCAGGCAAGUGAACCGGAGCAAACGACUUCCGAUCCAGUCUGCGCUGUUGCGGCUCCCGUUUGGGAUUUGAUUUGCAGCAUCUUUGAGCCUCUACGACAAAAAACCGCGAAGCACGCCCAGCCCUCCCCCGGCACCCCGAAAAGCACCCACUCCCUCCCGGGGACACAGCUGGGCGCGUCCACACCCCCGCAGCCCCACACCAUGUUGUGCGGAAGGACUUCCACUCCCCGCCUGUGUCGUUGAUGUCAGACCCCAGGCCAGCCUCCGGGCGCUGCAGUUCUCCCGGCUAAUGCUGAGGCUGCGGCUCCGGCUCUAGCACAGGCACCAGCCGCCGCCGCACCCGGCCCCAGCGCCCACCGUCUGCAUGUGCCCGCCGUAGCCGUCUGCCCAGCCCGCAGCCCGCGCUCCACGGAGCGCUGGAGACCACCGUGGGGGGCCCCUUCUGCCCUCGAGAGAAGCGGUCUUGGAGGUAUUGAUUUAGGUGAUUGGAUUUUUUCCGUGGAUCUAUCAAUUCACAAUUCGAAUUUGGAAGAAAGAAGGAAAACAUGACGUCUCCAGCCAAAUUCAAAAAGGAUAAGGAGAUCAUAGCAGAGUACGAUACUCAGGUCAAAGAGAUCCGUGCUCAGCUCACAGAGCAGAUGAAAUGCCUGGACCAGCAGUGUGAGCUUCGGGUGCAACUGUUGCAGGACCUCCAGGACUUCUUCCGAAAGAAGGCAGAGAUUGAGAUGGACUACUCCCGCAACCUGGAGAAGCUGGCAGAACGCUUCCUGGCCAAGACACGCAGCACCAAGGACCAGCAAUUCAAGAAGGAUCAGAAUGUUCUCUCUCCAGUCAACUGCUGGAAUCUCCUCUUAAACCAGGUGAAGCGGGAAAGCAGGGACCAUACCACCCUGAGUGACAUCUACCUGAAUAAUAUCAUUCCUCGAUUUGUACAAGUCAGCGAGGACUCAGGAAGACUCUUUAAAAAGAGUAAAGAAGUCGGCCAGCAGCUCCAAGAUGAUUUGAUGAAGGUCCUGAACGAGCUCUACUCGGUCAUGAAGACAUAUCACAUGUACAAUGCCGACAGCAUCAGUGCUCAGAGCAAACUAAAGGAGGCGGAGAAGCAGGAGGAGAAGCAAAUUGGUAAAUCGGUAAAGCAGGAGGACCGGCAGACCCCACGCUCCCCUGACUCCACGGCCAACGUUCGCAUUGAGGAGAAACAUGUCCGGAGGAGCUCAGUGAAGAAGAUUGAGAAGAUGAAGGAGAAGCGCCAAGCCAAGUACACGGAGAAUAAGCUGAAGGCCAUCAAAGCCCGGAAUGAGUACUUGCUGGCUUUGGAGGCAACCAAUGCAUCUGUCUUCAAGUACUACAUCCAUGACCUAUCUGACCUUAUUGAUCAGUGUUGUGACUUAGGCUACCAUGCAAGUCUGAACCGGGCUCUACGCACCUUCCUCUCUGCUGAGUUAAACCUGGAACAGUCGAAGCAUGAGGGUCUGGAUGCCAUCGAGAAUGCAGUAGAAAACCUGGAUGCCACCAGUGACAAGCAGCGCCUCAUGGAGAUGUACAACAACGUCUUCUGCCCCCCUAUGAAGUUUGAGUUUCAGCCCCACAUGGGGGAUAUGGCUUCCCAGCUCUGUGCCCAGCAGCCUGUCCAGAGUGAGCUGGUACAGAGAUGCCAACAACUGCAGUCUCGCUUAUCCACUCUAAAGAUUGAAAACGAAGAGGUAAAGAAGACAAUGGAGGCCACCCUGCAAACCAUCCAGGACAUUGUGACUGUCGAGGACUUUGAUGUGUCUGACUGCUUCCAGUACAGCAACUCCAUGGAGUCCGUCAAGUCCACGGUCUCCGAAACCUUCAUGAGCAAGCCCAGCAUUGCUAAGAGGAGAGCCAACCAGCAAGAGACAGAGCAGUUUUAUUUCACAAAAAUGAAAGAGUACCUGGAGGGCAGGAACCUCAUCACCAAGUUACAAGCCAAGCAUGACCUUCUGCAGAAAACCCUGGGGGAAAGUCAGCGGACAGAUUGCAGUCUAGCCAGGCGCAGCUCAACUGUGAGGAAACAGGACUCCAGCCAGGCAAUUCCUCUGGUGGUGGAAAGCUGUAUCCGGUUUAUCAGCAGACACGGACUACAGCAUGAAGGAAUUUUCCGGGUGUCAGGAUCCCAGGUGGAAGUGAAUGACAUCAAAAAUGCCUUUGAGAGAGGAGAGGACCCCCUGGCUGGGGACCAGAACGACCAUGACAUGGAUUCCAUAGCUGGUGUCCUGAAGCUUUACUUCCGGGGGCUGGAACACCCUCUCUUCCCCAAGGACAUCUUUCAUGACCUGAUGGCCUGCGUCACAAUGGACAACCUGCAGGAGAGAGCUCUGCACAUCCGGAAAGUCCUCCUAGUCCUGCCCAAAACCACUCUGAUUAUCAUGAGAUACCUCUUUGCCUUCCUCAAUCAUUUAUCACAGUUCAGUGAAGAGAACAUGAUGGACCCCUACAACCUCGCCAUCUGCUUCGGGCCCUCGCUAAUGUCAGUGCCAGAGGGCCACGACCAGGUGUCCUGCCAAGCCCACGUGAAUGAGCUGAUCAAAACCAUCAUCAUCCAGCAUGAGAACAUCUUCCCAAGCCCCAGGGAGCUGGAGGGCCCUGUCUACAGCAGAGGAGGAAGCAUGGAGGAUUACUGUGAUAGCCCUCAUGGAGAGACUACCUCGGUUGAAGACUCAACCCAGGAUGUGACCGCAGAGCACCACACGAGCGAUGACGAAUGUGAGCCCAUCGAGGCCAUUGCCAAGUUUGACUACGUGGGCCGGACAGCCCGAGAGCUGUCCUUUAAGAAGGGAGCAUCCCUGCUGCUUUACCAGCGGGCUUCCGACGACUGGUGGGAAGGCCGGCACAAUGGCAUCGACGGACUCAUCCCCCAUCAGUACAUCGUGGUCCAAGACACCGAGGACGGUGUCGUGGAGAGGUCCAGCCCCAAGUCUGAGAUUGAGGUCAUUUCUGAGCCACCUGAAGAAAAGGUGACAGCCAGAGCGGGGGCCAGCUGUCCCAGUGGGGGUCAUGUAGCCGAUAUUUAUCUUGCAAACAUCAACAAGCAAAGGAAGCGUCCAGAAUCUGGGAGCAUCCGGAAAACUUUUCGGAGUGACAGCCAUGGGCUGAGCAGUUCCCUGACUGACUCCUCCUCCCCAGGGGUGGGGGCUAGCUGCCGCCCAUCCUCCCAGCCCAUCAUGAGCCAGAGCCUCCCCAAAGAAGGGCCAGAUAAGUGUUCCAUCAGUGGGCACGGGAGCCUCAACUCCAUCAGCCGCCACUCAUCCCUGAAGAAUCGGCUGGAUAGUCCACAGAUCCGGAAGACUGCCACAGCGGGAAGGUCAAAAAGCUUCAAUAACCAUCGGCCCAUGGACCCUGAGGUCAUUGCUCAGAGAUCCAACCCCACCUCUAAAAAUCCGACUACCGGGGCCACUCCAAGCAGUUCACUCAGACGUCUCUCCCAACUAUAUAAUUUUCAUUAGACCAGGAUAUUGAGGCAACAAUGAACUCGGCCCUGAAUGAGCUACGGGAGCUAGAACGGCAGAGCAGUGUCAAACACACCCCUGACGUGGUUCUGGACACCUUGGAGCCCCUCAAAACCUCCCCAGUGGUGGCCCCCACGUCGGAGCCCUCCAGCCCUCUGCACACCCAGCUCCUCAAGGACCCCGAGCCCGCCUUCCAGCGUAGCGCCAGUACUGCUGGGGACAUCGCCUGCGCCUUCCGGCCUGUCAAGUCUGUCAAGAUGGCUGCCCCGGUCAAACCACCAGCCACACGGCCCAAGCCCACUGUCUUCCCCAAAACAAAUGCCACUAGCCCUGGUGUCAACUCAUCAACUUCCCCACAGUCUACUGACAAGUCUUGUACUGUCUGAGGGAUAAUAAUUUAAUUGUUCUAGACAAGGGGACUAUAGGGACUGACUGUUAUUAAAAUCUUCCUAUUUAACUAGCUUGGGGACUUCAGUUGAAAAUUAGGUUCUAAGUUGUUCUUGCAGGAAUUAGCCUCCCCGUCUCCCAAAACCUUGAGAAUGAAGCCCUUGGUAUCGCCUCUCCCUUCCCACUGCCCUCUGCUUCCCCCAGUCGUCGUAAUUCAGCCAGCUGCAGUCCGUACCGUUCUUAGGUUAGCCAGAGACAGGUUUUCAUUAUCAGGUCACUGUGAAAUCUGGUAAGGCAGUCCUGAGGACAUGGGCUCAAGUCUCAGUCCCCUCAGACCACGGUGAUGCCUUGACCAGAUGGUUGGCUACUGCCAUCCAGCUUUCAGUGGCAUCUUGUUUUGGGAACUGAUUAUAGAGAAUCAUAUAUAGUCCAGUCUUCAUUUUACAUACACACACAUAUUUUACACACACACAUUUUACACACACACGUUUUUCUAGUCUCUGGCAUGUGUAGCCUCUCCUGGUCAUAGACCAGUCUCUUUGUAAGUUAUUGUGGCAGUUCACACAGUAGCCACCAGGGGUCUCUGUUUCCAUUACAAACUUUGUUCUGUCUGGGCCAGAGAACCUAGCCUUUGAAAUCUCUCCAUCAUAUGAAACAUAACGGGAUGGGACAAUCCCGUAACCUGUUUGGGGUUGGGGGCUUUCUCUCUGUGUUCUUUCCAUUGAUGUGAAUUGGUCAUUGGUGUUUGCUCUUGCUCUCCUCCAUCCCCUAGAAGUACACCCCCGUCUUAUAAAGGAGCUUUUAAAGUUUUUCUGAAUGUAUAGACAUUUCUCGGGUUCCUACCUUUGUCUCUGAUGGACCAUUUUCCAUUUAAGACAUUUUCCUGUAUAAGACAGUUUCAUAGCUGGUUCCUUUUAGGGUAAAGAGUCUUAAGAGAGUUUUAUUGUGUCUAUGGCAGGUUUGGAAAAGGUAAGAAAUGGGUCCUUUUUCCUCCUAAUGUUUUUGGCACUUAAAACAUAAAAUUCAUUAUCCUAUUAAAAAAUUAAAUUCAGCUUUGCUAAUCUAGAAAUUGUUCCCAAAUGAAAACUUGUUUUAAGUCCACCCCUUAGUUUGGUUAUUUUACAAGGUCUCUCUUCAGGGACCAACAGGGGCUUAGAGAGCCUUAGUUAGAUUAAAGGGAGACCCUACCUCUUAAAACCAGUUUUCAUUUAUGCAAACAAGGACAAUUAAGGGAACCCUGACCCCACAGGCUCUCAAGUCUUCCCAAGGCCAGAAUCGAAAGAAAAUUAAAAUUUGAAUGCUGAAUAUUUUGGCUCUACUCUGGCCUUUUUUCUGGUUCCCUUCCAAAAUGCACAAAUCAUACCCUUGUCUGCUCCAAUUCAGUCUCCAAACCUGGUGCCCAUGGUCCUGGCCCCCCUAGCAUCAUGCUAUCCCAGGAGUACCAGGACCAGAUACAUCGACAGCCAGGCUCAUGGGUCUCAGACAGCAACUUGAGUUAAAGCUGAAACUCAUCCUUCUUCUCUGUGUUUUCUGGUUUAAAAGCUGCACUUAUAUUUUAGCCUUAUUAUUUUCUGUAGUUCCGGAGAGAUGGUGGGUUGCCAUUCUGGUAGGAAAAUCUGAGUUUUCUUAUCUUUGACCUAGAAGAGAUUCUUUUUGGACCAACCUGCGAAAUUGGUAGUUAGAUCUAUGGAAAGUGGUAGGAUUUUUUUCUUUUUUUUAAUCCUGUGCAAAGGAAAAGAGGUGCUUUGUGGGAAAUCACUAAUGAGAAGGCUAACCUGCAGCACCAGAGAAACCUUUCCAAGUGCUAGGCGGGAGAACUGAAGAACUCUCAGUGAAGUGAGUCAGCCUAGAAGAGGCAACCCACAGUCUUGGUUUUUGUUGCUGUUUCCUGACCUGUUCUUGCCUGUCACCUGGGCCUACACAGGUCCCUAGCCAACGGGGCUUUCAUACCCAAGGAUCUGUUUCCUUGCUGAAAAUGAAACCCUAUCUUUCACUUUACAUUCCUUUCAAUCCAACUGAUCAAAACUGGUACCCACACUUGCCCUUUCUCCCUCUCUCCAGCACACUCCCCUCUAAGAAAGUAAAAGCAAAGCUUUCUUAAUGGCAACGCUUUGGGCCUGUUCUGUUGCUCCUGCCUUAUUUCUCUUUCAACCCUGUACAUGACUCGUGUUCACCAUCCCCUUGAUCAGUGUCCAUCCGCGCUAAUUUGCAUCAUGAACUGAACAGUGUGUGAGUGGUCACCUACUAAACCCAGCUCUGGGGGCAGAGCUGUCUUCCCCAUCUCUGGUGCUCCUAACACCUGUGAGAUGGUCCUGUCGAGAGGACUAGGAACCGAUAGGAGGAGAGUCCUUCUCGGCAGAGCUCACUGCAAACAACUGGAAUUGAGGUUGCACACUGUGAUUUUUACACCGAAAAGCCAAAAGGAGCUGGCCAUCCAGGGCCUAGGGAGACCAGCCUUCCUCAGCUAUGCUUGCCGAAACCAGCAUGAUGCUUCAAAGAGCCCUGCUCCACCCCUCAUGGCAUGGAUCCUUUUCCUGGUGUGGACUCUGAAGGGUCAGUCUUCGGGGAAGAGAGGUGGGGUGGGGCUACUAGCAUCCCAAUUUAGAAAAUAGAGGAGUUUGUAGCCAGCAGCCUGUAAACUGGAAACACUGGUCUCAGCCAACCUCCUCAGGGCGCCCUGGCUUCUCCCCAAGGAGAUGAGGAGCGGUGAUGCCAGCACCGGGAUGCGCAGAGCACUGGAAGGGCUGGUGCAGAUCUACUUUCCGUGCAGAAGAGAAGUCACAUCUUCCAGGGAAUCGCAAUGUUGUGGCGUCUGACUUGUAUGUCACAUUUGUGUAAAAUGGUAUAUUCUUUAAAAUAGUGUUGAUAACUGGAAUAUUGUAUGUAUGCUUGGAGAUGCUUUGUGUGAACCUAAGACUGUCACUCAACAGAUGUUGGAUUGGGGAAAAUCCAAAGCACAACUUCAAAAUAAAAUACAUUUUUAGGUUUCGA